GAUAACUUCCGUGUUGUGUCACAUGACGUUCUUCUCGCUUUUGAAAUUCUCGCGAUGAGUCCCUUCUCGCGAUAGCAACGCAACUUGUCGGUGGCGAGGAUUUGCAAAUGAAGGUUGCGCAAAACCUCGGACUUUGAACGACAAUAGGUACAUGCAACCAUGUCCGAUUCUCUGUAUGAGAAGUUUUUGGCCCCAGAGGAGCCUUUCCCUCUCCUCUCUCAGAGAGCAAGCCUCAGUGAUGUUGGAACCCUUGACGUCAGUGAUUUUGGCUGCCAACUCUCAUCCUGUCACAGGACGGACCCCCUACGCCGUUUCCACAGCAACAGAUGGAACCUGACGUCCUGUGGGACGAGUGUGGCGAGCUCCGAGUGCAGCGAGGAGCUCUUCUCCUCGGUGUCCGUGGGCGACCAGGACGACUGCUACUCCCUGCUGGACGACCAAGAUCUGACCUCCCUGGACCUGUUUCCAGAGGGCAGCGUGUGCAGCGACGUCUCCUCCUCCAUCAGCACAUACUGGGACUGGUCCGACAGCGAGUUUGAGUGGCAGUUGCCAGGAAGCGACAUCACCAGCGGCAGCGAUGUCCUGUCCGACAUCAUUCCGAGUGUUCCAAGUUCCCCUUGCCUGGUUCCCAAAAGGAAGCCCAAACCUCAUCCUCACCGCAACCUGGAUGAGCUGCCUUGGAGCGCCAUGACCAAUGACGAACAAGUGGAGUACAUCGAGUACCUGAGUCGUAAGGUCAGCACGGAGAUGGGCCUGCGAGAGCAACUGGACAUCAUCAAGAUCAUCGACCCCUGCGCUCAAAUCUCUCCCACGGACAGCGAGUUCAUCAUCGAGCUAAACUGUCUGACGGACGAGAAGCUGAAGCAGGUACGUAACUACAUCAGAGAGCACGGCCCCAGGCAGCGGGCCAGCAGCAUCCGGGAAGGCUGGAAGAGGAGCAGCCACAGCAGCGCCAGCACAGGCGGCGUCAGCGGCGCCAGCAGCAGCAAUGCCAGCAUGGUCAGCUCGGCCAGCUCCUCUACAGGAUCCACUGCGUCCAACUCUGUCGCAGGUGGUCCAGCCUCAGCCUGCAGUGGAGGCAGUGUUGCUAACAUAAGCAGAGCACACAGCGACGGUAACCUUUCCAACGCUGCCGAACGCAUCAGAGAUUCUAAAAAGCGAUCCAAGCAGCGUAAGCUCCAGCAGAAAGCCCUCCGUAAGCGGCAGCUGAAGGAGCAGCGGCAGGCCCGCAAGGAACGUCUAAGUGGUCUCUUCCUGAACGAGGAGGUGCUGUCGCUGCGAGUGACCGAGGAGGACCGCCAUGGAGACGACCUGGAUAUACUGAUGUGACACCAGUGAACUCAUCGGCGCUCCCUCUUAACACCUGAUCUCACCACGCAGAUAGCUUAGCACGCUUAGCACGGGCUCACACCAACAUUCUCCUUCUUUGCCUAACCCUGCACUGUUUAAAUACCAUCAAUGUAGCUGGGCGAAGCUAACCGAGACGUCGCAUGUUGAAGGAAAGACACAAAGUUCUAUGCUGGACUGCACCGCAGAGCUGCUUUGUCCUUCUAUCUUGUCGAGGCUUCUGAGGGAGCACUGAAACGCUGCAUGUUGAAAGCCACACCUCUUCUAUACUAUAUCAUUCUUUUAUGGACCCACCUCUUAUCCAUGUCUUGUAAAUAAAUAACUGCAUAUUUACUGCUUGAUUUAA